ACUCUAACCCGACUCUAAUCCGACUCUAACUCGAUUUGAACCCUCGGUGGAAACUUAGUCAUUGAAUGAUUGUGAAACGAAGAGAGGAAAUUUUUGAUAUGCGACCUCUAUAACAUAUGUGCUUACGUGGACGUAGCGGUAGAGUUCAGUUGUGUAUACUCUAUGGUGAAUUUAAGUGUUUUGUAAUUUGUGGUUCAGUAAUCUUUUGAUGGCAGUAGUUUCGGGCGCGUGGUGCAAACGUCAGUGCAAACAUGAGUGGUGCAUCACGUAAAAUGAAAAAUCCAUUGUUGUCAGCAGCUGGUGAAGGUUUCCCUUUCGAGAAUUAUGCAGAAAAUGCAUUAUUGAUGCCUGUUACUCCCGCUACACCUGCAGUACUCCACGAUGAUGCUGAAUUGGACAGCUUCGUAGGUCAAGAAACACCAGUCAAUUCUCACAAUUCAACAACGUCACCCGAUGCAGACAGCGAAUUCACGCCUAUCCCCUUAAAUUCCGAUGAAAACAAGAAUACCGUGAAUCAACCAGUGAAGCAAGGAUAUCUUACUUCUAUCCUGUCCUCUUUACCAAAUUUAUCACUGUCGUCAAUUACGGGCGACUCGUCAGGAUCUCAGACGAACAGGACGCAGGAACACUCGAGCAGCGUUCAAAGUACGAACUCCUAUGUGCCUUCGCACGAACGUCGUGAUUCAUUGAGAGAUACGUCACCGCCAAUUAUUGCUAAUUUCCACGAUUCCCGACGAACCAAUUUCGCAGGAUCUGUGGAGAAUAGUGCAGGAAGUUUGUCAGCUCCUCCACAACCAACUCUGCCACCUACCGUCCCGUCGUCCACCAACGGACCCAUUUCCUAUCGACUGGGUAAUCAGAGACGUCUUAAGUAUGCGCCACCACCUGACCUAACCUCGAACACUUCCAAACAGUAUUCAGCUCCCGUGGUUCAGCCAGCGUUUGUUCCACAAAGUGCUGCAACUCCGACUAUAUUUAACCCCAACGAAAUAGUUUCUCCGACUCAAAAUUAUGAGUCUGUUCCACCAACUCAAAGAAACCAAUCUGUACCACUGACACAAGGUUACCAAACUGCGUCUCAAAAUAACCAGUCAAUUCCAUCGACUCAAAGUCAUCCAGCACCUCCGCCACCGCAGACUUAUCAAUCUGUGCCGCUGACUUCAAAUUUUAAUCCGAUUUCUACUCCAAGUACUCAGUCAAUUUCAUCGACUCAAAGUCACCAAGGACCUCCACCAACGCAGACCUAUCAAUCUGUGCCGCUGACUCAAGGUUACCAGCCGACCACUCAGAGUGAUCAGUCCACACGAAGUCAUCAAUCACCUUCACCGGCUCAGAGUUAUCAAACAGUUCCGUUGACUCAGAGUCAUCAAUCAGCUACUCAGAGUUCAGCGGUUCAAAGUAAUCAGUCUAUACCGUCGACUGAAUCUCAUCAAUCAGCCCCAUCGACUCAGAGUCUCCAAUCUGUUCCGUUGACUCAGGGUUAUCAGUCGAUUCCGUCUACAGAAAGUAGUCAAUCAGUUUCGUCGACUCAGAGUUCUGUGCCAUUGACGCAAAGUUUCAAACCUGCAUUGUUAACUCCGAGUGAUCAAACAGCUACAUCGGUUCAGAGUCAGCAAUCAGCUUCGUUCAGCAACCCAUCGACUCAAAAUUACCAGACAACACCACCUGCUGACAGUAAACCAAUUCUGUCAACGGAGGUCCAUCAGCUCGAGCCACUGUCUCAAAAUUACCAAUCUGUACCUUUGACUCAAAGUUACAAGGUUCCAUCGACUCAGAGCUAUCAGUCAUCUGUUCCGAAUAAACAGGCAACUUCAUCAGACGUCCAACCUGUUCUGUCCACUCAAAAUUAUCAGUCUGUGCCGUUGAGUGAAAGUUAUCAGACAGCUUUGUCAACUUCGAGUGCUCAGCCAGUUUUGUCGACACAAAAUUAUCAGGCAGCGACAUCAACUCAAAGUCAGCCGAUUGGACUACCUUCUACAAAUUCGCCGUCGGUACAACUUUCAACGCCAGAGAUCAUAUCCGAACCGAAUUCUCAACAGGAGUCGUUCAGAUCUAGUCCACUCACAACAGGAGCAGUGCAUAGUGCAACUGACCCGUCUCGAAAAGUAACACCUCAAAAUCUGACCCCAGCUGACAGUGUCUUCUUGUCUAAGAAGUCACGUGUCUCUUUAUCGUCCACUGAACCAAUUCCCUUCUCAUUUCCGGAACCUACAACUCCCCAGAACACGCCAGCCAACGUUUCUUUCCUCGGCUACGACGGUUACACGAGCAGACAGGAACCUUCAGGGUUUAACUCGGAGAAAGAAGCGAAUAACAGUUCUACUCGUGCGAAUUCGAUCUUGAAAGACAAGGUAACUCGAUCCACCGCAGAAACGAAGCCUAGCGUAACGUUCGGCCCAGUUUCUGCAGUUCAAGUUUCGGAGAAGUUGGAGCACUUGUUGGCCGAGCAAAAGGAAGAUUUAUCGAAACUCGACAGAAACGAAGAUCAACUCGCCAGUGUUGUGAAACCGGAUGACAGCAAGGAAAAAGGUGAUUCGUCAAAGUCGGAUACAUCAAGUGAUGUCACCGUGAAACAAGAACCCACAUCCGGUCCUCAAGAAUCGAGUGCAGUGCACGAAAAGAUCGAUGCAUCGCAAAGUCAUGGUAUUUCAUCACAGUACUUCCAGACACAGUCUUUGGCAUCCGACUUCUUCGCUGAUCAGAAGCCGAAUUUGAACACGUUCGGUGAUCCGAGAGCGUUCACACAGCCUGUCAGCUCGUUCUUCAACGCACCAGGCUCAACGAAUGUUGAUUUGACAUCUUCAAGAAACGAUUUGCAUCAAGUGUCGUUGACUACCUCUGUCGCGUCUGCUUUUGUUAAUCAAGUACCUGCGGGACGCAACAUUUGGGACAGUAAUCAGGUGCCUACGGUGGAAACAUGUAGUUCGUCGCAACCGCCCUUGUUCUACAAUCCUGCGCAAUUCCACAACGAACUGCAGAACUAUCUGUCCACGAAUCAGUCGUAUGGUCCACCGGUUGUGAAUCCAGCUCAAGGUUACUUCGACAAUCUAUCUGGAUCAGCGCAGGAUAUACCAGGUGGAAUUAGCAGCGCGUUCCUUCCCGCGUCUGUUGUUAUGUCAACGAUACCCGAACCAACUGGUUCGGCUACUUUAAGUCCGGUUCAAAUGUCAAUUAAUCCGUUGGCUGGGCGCACCUCUACCGACGGCACAUUUUCUAGUUUUCAGAAUUCGGCUACUGGCCCGUCAGAUAAACGUAUGCAGUACAGAACGGUGUACCACCACUGGUUUUAUCGCAAGGAGGUGGAGCACAAAGUGUUAUGGCUUCCUUUCUCCAUGCAAGAUAGCCUUCGCUUAGAAGAGGUUCAUAAUUCCACCGAAAUCACCCCUGAAACGACGGUCGCCACUGACGGGGGUCGUUACGAUGUUGACAUUUUACGACGUCAAAGAUCUCCUGUUUAUUGGAGCGGAACAUCUACGGAAGUUAGGCGAUGUUCAUGGUUCUACAAAGGACCCACAGAAUCGAGAUACGUCCCUUACGACGAGAGCACCGCCCUGAAGCUCGAGGAGGAGUACAAACAAGCGUGUAUGACGAACAAUUGGAACCGAAGAAUUGACUUGAACAAUGGAGAGUACAUUAUUUUCCACAGUGCCACGGUUCAGGUUCACUAUCUCACACCCAGUUCUCCGGAAUUGGCUGCAUCCUGGGGCAACAGCGCGGGCUCAGAGGACAGUACAUAUUUACAGGGUGCUGGAAGUAGGCCCAGGGUGAUUAAAAGAGGUAUGGACGAGUUUCAUAUCGAAGAUGGCGAACCUGAAAAAGUGGAUCAUGUUUUGUUUCUUGUUCAUGGUAUCGGAAGCGUUUGUGACUUAAAGUUCCGAACCGUUGAGGAAGUUGUGGAUGAGUUUCGAAGCAUAUCGCUGCAGUUAGUCCAGUCGCAUUAUCGAACCGCCAGUGAACAAAGAACCGUGAACAGGAUAGAAGUUCUGCCGAUUUCUUGGCACACUACGCUCCAUUCCGAGGACACUGGAAUUGACAAGAAAUUACAUGCAAUUACGUUGGAGAGUAUACCAAAAUUGCGACACUUCACCAACGACACUUUGCUCGAUAUACUGUUCUAUACUAGUCCCGUGUACUGUCAAACAAUCAUGCAGACUGUUGGCAGCGAAAUAAAUAGACUGUAUACUCUAUUCAAAGAUAGAAAUCCAGAUUUCAAUGGAGGAAUUUAUCUUGGUGGACAUUCGUUAGGUAGCUUGAUUUUAUUCGACCUUUUGUGCCAUCAGAAACCAUUGCCUAGUGAUAAAGCGAACGAAAAUGAAGGAGAGGAUAAUGAGGAUCAAAAGAACGAGGAGACUGAUCCUUCUCAAGCAUCAUCCGAUCGAGUUCUGAAACGUCGUCUUAGCAAGAAAAUAAGUUAUGUGAUGGGUGCUGCCGGGACGGGACAACCUUAUAUACAUUAUCCGCAAUUAAAUUUUCACCCACGUGCCUUUUUCGCUCUCGGUAGCCCUAUCGGUAUGUUCGUAACGGUUCGAGGCAUCGAUAUGCUUGGGGAUGAUUUCAUAUUGCCAACGUGCCCGGCCUUUUUCAAUAUAUUUCAUCCGUUCGAUCCGGUCGCGUACAGAGUUGAGGCUCUAAUCAAUCCGGAAGCUCAUAAAUAUCGGCCGAUGUUAAUUCCUCAUCAUAAAGGACGAAAGAGAAUGCAUCUGGAAUUAAAGGAAACGAUGGCUCGUGUUGGUGCGGAUCUUAAGCAAAAGGUGAUCGAUUCCGUGAGGAACACGUGGAAUUCAGUCUAUCAAUUAGCCCUGUUCCAUCGAUCCGAUAACAGCACGUUAGAACGAGAAAUUGACAAGGUUGUUGAAGAACAAUUGCAACAAACGCCAACAGUGACGGAUCAACAAAAUAACGACGAUGGUGGUGCUGAAUUCAAAAUUGGCAAAUUGAAUGGUGGACGAAGAAUAGAUUACGUUCUUCAAGAAGCGCCGUUCGAAUACAUCAACGAGUAUAUUUUUGCGUUGACAAGUCAUGUGUGCUAUUGGGAAUCCGAGGACACUAUGCUGAUGAUUCUAAAGGAAAUAUACGGAUCAGCGGGCAUACAAACAGACGCACAACUUCCUCAGCAGACCUUGACGAUAGAAAGAGCGUCUCCUGCCAUGUCUAUGAUAUCAUCCACACCUUCAACCACCAAAUGUGAAGUAAGAUCGUCAGUACCUGUUAUGGGAGUGGAUCCAACCGCGCCUAUCUCGGAAAAAGCCGUCGGGCCACCACCAAAGACUGGUUUUGUCCGAAAAUCAUGAUCAACAAAGGAUCGCCCUAAUUUGUAAAAAGCUAAGAAACUUCAAAAUAAUGGUGAUGGUGAAACUCAAUAGUUGUUGAUCAGGUUGAUGCUGGCGUUGUACCUGAGUGAUAAUUUCGAUGGACAAUGAAAUAAAAGAUGUCCUGUUUGUACAUUAAAGCUGCGUUAGGAUAUUCUGUCGAAAAUUUUCGCCGCACUCGAUCGUUCCUUCGUACGUUGUUAAUAGCAAACGCUUAGAGCUAUUUUAAAGUUUGAGCAACAUGCAAAUUUUUAAGCACAUCAGUUGACUGGUUCAGUUUAUUGACUCGUGCUCUAACGUUAAAUAUGGAUGGUGUCACACCGGAAAAACAGAGGUUAGAGUUUGCGAUACGAAAGUAAAGCUACGAAGGUUAAUUAUAUUGUUCAUUGUAAAUAUACAAUUUAUAAGUGAUUUAUAAAUAAGUCUAAGGCACAUAGGAUAUAUAAAUUUUUUCAAAGAUGCCCUUGCAUCGUGAGAAUUUAGGUUACGUUCUCAUGUAUGCAAGAAUUUUAAUAAAAUGUGGUUAUUCUUCUAAA